GCAAGAGCGCACUUUGUUUCCUCAUACCAUGUACGGAGCUUGGUUCCCACCUCUAGCCUCCAUAAUAUUGCAAUUCGGAAUUAACGAUACGCAUUUACAUAAUAUUUGUCAUGGAAAAUGUCUACAAUAAUCCGGUCGACCAAAAUUCACGAGUACCUAAGUUACCCAAAAAUUAUCGUCCUACUCCAGAUGAGAUAAAACUAUUGAAUGAAUGCAAGAGUGAGAGAAACGUCAAUGGUGCGAUUGGUGCAAUUAUAUCCGGAGGGUUGACCUACCAAAGUAUCAAAUUGUUCGGCCUAAAACUUCAUUCAAGGUUUGGUAUCUACCCCACAGUUGGACUUUGGUCUGCGAUCGGUUAUGUCUUAGGAGCCAUAUCAACCAUACCGUCGUGCAAAGAAAAAUUCAAGCAUCAACCAGACAGUCUGAUUGGUGCCGCGUUGCGAGGAAACUUGACUGUAAGUCCAACAUCAGAAACGAUAACUGAGUCGAAUCUAAACUUUACUGACAUCACUCUGAGUCAACAAUCAAAUAAUGCACAAAUGAAUCAUGCAAUCGACAUUGAUGUUUACAAUACACCCAGCGAUAUGGACAGUUAUACUGGUACUGAAUUGAAUGGUCUGAGAUUAGAUACAACCGAUGAUAAUCUACUUGAUGAAAAUGACAUACGAAAGCCAGUAGUUUCAUACGCCGAGCUAAGGAGCAGGAACAGGGAAGGUUCUUUGAAAGCGAAUAAAGAAAAAUAUAAUCCGGUGAGCUCUAUCGCCAAUGACUCACGUGUAGAGCCACCGACACAAAGGUCUUCACCACCACCUAUUCGUUACAAAGAGACGAACGAGUAUGGAGAUGUAUGGGGUUAAUGGAAUAUUAACCGUAAUCGAUGGCUUUUACAUCUGCGUGUAUAUCAGCUCGUACCUACAGAGUUAUUUAUUCAGUGCUGAACGCAAGAUCUGGGUACGAGAAAGCCUCUUACGCAUAUAACAUGGUAAAACGGCUGCAUCAGUUGCACUCAUCUUUAGCAACGAAUAAAUGAUCAUGUAGUAUCAGGUUCAUAUGUCUUAAAACCUUUGGCAUGGUCUUUGGAGAGCAUAUAUUAUACACAGUGCAAAGUAAUAUGCCAUUGUUUAUUAUCAUUAUUUUUUCCAAUGCUCAUGUGAGUAAUUUUAAACAGUGUUCCCGGUACUUUAACGGCCGCCACACGUAGUUAUGGUAUAAAUGUAAUAUAGGCAGAUAUUUUACAGUCUUCUGUGACUUAAAUGAUGUAGAAUGUAUUAAAUGUAAAAACAAAUCGUCCUGGUUGAAUAAA